AUGCGAGGAAUCAUAUUUGGUUCCUGGUUAAAGUUGGCGGGUUCUUCGGUGGUAACGCUUGCUUUUAUUGUGGCGCUAGUCGUGGCCACAAAACCCAAUAAAAGGAGCUUAGUCAAUCCAGAAUUGUAUGGAUGGCCAGGCUCCGCCGGUUGGCUGCAAAUUCCUCAUGGCUGGUCGUCGGAUACAAAUUCUGAUGUCGCUGGUGCUAUAGCCGCAGCCAAAUCUGCAGCUGCGGCGGUGAUGUCAGCGCAACACGAGGUUGCCGCCGCUAAGCAUGCUGCUCUUCAACACCAGAGUCUCGCCAGCGCAAAAGAAGCAACUGCAGCGCACGCCGCUCACAAGAGUGAGGAAGCAGCUAGAAACGCUCGUGCCCAUGCAUUGGAAGCAGCACAAGCCGCGGUUCACUCACAAGCACAGCUCGCCGCGGCAAAGGCAAGAGCUGCUGUCGCGCAGAAGAUUGCCGCAGCCAGGGAAGCCGCUGCUGCCAAAGCUAUAGAAAGAGCUGCUAGUAAUCAGGCUGCUAGAUUACAGAACGCAGAUAUAGAAAACUUAAAGCUGUCAGUUAUACAAAGUUCCGGGGCAGCUGGUGCGGCUACUGCAGCACAGCACACAGCCACUGCUGCUGCUGCAGCGCUGCGUACACCUGCAUCCGAUUGGCCUGUGAAACUCUGGUCUCCUUCUAGCGGACCGUGGGCGUGGGCUUAA